AGAAGGGAGAAGCAUGAGGUUAUAGUGCCUUCGGGAGUUUUUCCUAUUUUUCCGUCUUCAUUCCACGGAGAAUUGGAGGAAGAUGAGGAAUGCUAAAUCAGCCAACAUUAACUUUAUUGUACUUUGCUGGUUUUUAUUCUUGCUGCUUGGCCACCCUGUAAAAUCAAUGAAAACGCAAGAUGAAUUUGCCAUUACUUAAACAACAGUGUCGUAAUCAAGCAGAUUUUUACUUUAAUGAUGGCUUAUCAAACGGAAUACUACAACGACUUCGGGAAAUCCAGCCACGGCUCAAAAAGUCAGAGAGAGAAUUAUGUGAGAUAAGCAGAGUGAGAUAUACAGAAAGAGAGAUACAGUACUGUGAGCAACUCCGUCACAAGUUUUCCAACAUCACUUCAAACAGUACUGAAAUCAAGAACAUCCCUGAGGAUCUCUUUACAUUGAUGAGGUGUCCACCAAUGUCAAAUAUCACCCAGAAAGAACUUAACAGAGUAAGACUGCGCGCCUGUUGUAACGCAACAGGUGUUUUUUACUACACAAAGCAGAACACGGCUGUCAAUCAGAAUAUUACAUAUGAGACGGACUCAAAACUGACAUAUCAAAUAAAUGAGGAACUUCACAACAUUCUUCCUGAGGAUUUUCCCUGGAGUGGACGUACUCUCGGUCACUGUGCUGUGGUUGGGAAUGCAGGGAUUCUGAAGAACAGUAGCUGUGGAAAAGAGAUCGACUCUGCAGACUAUGUUAUCAGGUUUAACAUGGCUCCCAUUAAUGACAGUGAUGUAGGGCUAAAGACUGAUUUAAUCACCGUUAAUCCUAGUCAGCUCGCACGCUAUAAAAAUUUUAUGUCUAAUCCAGGUCCAUUAUUGGAGCGUGUGAGUGUCUAUGGUAACUCGUCAAUCAUCAGUUCACCCUUUGUAUAUGCAUCCAACACUGAGCUAUGCGUCAAUUCAUUCAAAGUGCUCCAGCCAUUCAGACCUCAACAACAGAUGGUCUUCUUUUCCUCCAUUUACCUGAAGAACCUGCAUGGUUUCUGGAAGAGGCAGGGCCUGAAACCUGUUCGUCUCUCCACCGGGUUCAUGUUAAUUAAUGUGGCACUAGAGGUGUGUGAUCACGUGCACGUUUAUGGAUUCUGGCCAUUUGACACUAAUCUGGAGCAGCAGGAACUUACACAUCACUAUUUCGACAAUGUAGGACCCAAACCGGGCGUUCAUGAAAUGCCAAAAGAGUUUCUCAACUUGCUGAAGCUCCACAGCCAGGGGGCGCUAACACUGCACGUACAGCCCUGCUUAUAACAGCUGUUAGUGAUUUGAAUGCACUGUAUUAUUUAAUGGUUGGUUGGUGAGGAGGGAGGCUGUGAAUGUUUUCUUACCUUUGGUGUGCUCUCUUUGGUACAUAAAGCUAUUUAAAUAUUUUCUAUUUUGAAUUGUCACCUUGGACAGUUAACUCCUAUAUAUUUAAAUAAAUACAGUUGGGUUA